AUGGCUCUCUCGUUUUCGUCUGCCAAUUGUACGCCCAGCGCUAUACCUCUUCCUACUGUAUUUGGCGCAGAGUUUCUGUCCGUUGAAGCAUCCCUGGUACAAAACUACUCAUUGCCUGCUGGCGCUUCUGAUACAUACCUCAACCACGGACCUGUUGGGGUUCAACCUGUCGACUUUUGUAAUGUUACCCUGACACACACCCAUCCAGGCCAACACGAUACUCUGCAUACCCAGAUCUGGCUUCCCCUUCCUUCCGCCUGGAAUGGACGUCUCCAAAUGGUCGGUGGUGGCGGUUGGGUCGCGGGUGGCGAUGUUAGUUCCUUUGGAUCAAUGAAGGGUGCUGUCGGUGGAGGCUACGUCACGUCGACGGUCGAUGCAGGGGUACCGACCGAUGAUCCAUAUAGCUCAGAAGACUGGGCACUUAUAAGUCCAGGAAAUGUCGACUACCUGACACUUCAAAAUUUCGCUGCUAAAGCACUCAACGAUGGAGCUCUGGCUACAAAGGCUGUCAUUGACAGCUUUUACGGCAAAGCCGCUUCACAGUCCUACUGGAAUGGGUGUUCUCAAGGUGGAAGGCAGGGCUACAUGUUUGCUCAAAGAUAUCCGGAUGUGUUUGACGGCAUUGCAGCAGCAGCUCCCGCGAUCAAUUACGCCGAAUUCUUCAUGACAUCCGCGUUCCCGCAACAGGUUCUGAGAGAGAUUGGUGAACAACCGUACCCCUGCGAGUAUCAGACUCUCAGACGAGCUGUUACAGCAGCUUGUGAUGGUCUGGAUGGUCUCAUUGAUGGCAUCAUAUCAGAUCCGGAUGCCUGCUUCUUCGACCCAUACACCUUGGUCGGAAGUCCCGCAAACUGCAGCUCCGCGUCACCACCGGGCCCUGCUAACAUCUCAAGCGCUGCUGCUGCUGCCAUGGAUGCAGUAUGGCAUGGUUUGCGUACAGCCAAUGGCACCCUUCUUUGGCCCGGCGCUGGAUACACUUCCAACGUAACCGUGAUACUGGGAACCACGUGCUCAGCAAACGGAACCUGUACGCUUGACCGAAACACACUUUUCACUGACUGGAUUCGGCUUUUUGCAGCAAAAGACCCUGACUUUGACGUUAAUAAGAUGACGCGGGAAGAUUACGUCAACGCAUUUCGUUCGAGCGUCAAUGAGUACACGUCUAUCAUGGGUACCAAAUCGCCAGACCUUACUAACUUCCGAGAGGCUGGGGGAAAGCUAUUGACAUUCCAUGGGCUUGCGGAUGAGCUCAUUCCUUACCACGGCUCUCGCAGGUACUACGACGCGGUCGCUCAAAAAGACACCCGUGUUCACGAUUACUACCGCCUGUUUGAAGCGCCAGGCGUUGAACAUUGUAUGGGUGGAAUUGGUGGACUACCUGAAGGAACCUUCGAUGCUCUUGUUGCCUGGGUAGAGAAGGGUACAGCACCUGAAUCCCUGAUAGGCACCGACCCACGCAGGCGCACAAACCUCCUCUGCCCGUAUCCAAAGAAACCAACGUUUAAAGGCAAAAGCCCGGACUUCAGUGCGGAGGACUUCGAAUGUACUUAUGCUAGUGGCGCGCAGGUAGUAUAA